GGAAGUUUUUCUUGUUUGUUUCUUCAGUUUGUGUUUUUCCAGCUUCGUUUCGGGUGACUAUUGAGGAUUAAACCCGAACUACUGCGGAUUAAUGUUGCUCGGCUCGCACUUUAACUUCUAUCGGCUUCGUUUUUGGAGUUUCUAGGCCGUGUGGGCUGCUGACUGAGACAUGGAGGAGUUGUACACCUUGGACAGGGAGGUGGGCAGGGGCAGCUAUGGUGUUGUGUUCGAGGGCCACAUGGCCAAGACGGGUCACAGGGUGGCUAUUAAACGGCUGCCCUGCAGCAACCCGGAAUGCAUUGAGCUCUACCUGCAAGAGCUGUGGGCUAUGAGAGCCACCGCCAAGAACCACGUCAACGUCAUCGCUCUGCACAGCUGCCUCCUUCAGACCGGAUCCAGGAGCCUGAAGCCCCUUAAACCUGGAAAACUCCCCCUGCGACUUGUGGAGACCGUGCUGAAGGGGAGCGUGGCGAAUCCGCAGAGAGGUCGAAGAGGCAAGAGCUUGUCGAACACCCCGAGGAGGACGAACUCUGCUGCCAGACUCCAGGACAAGACUAACACGGUGCUAGGCAGAACCAAAUAUGAGGAGGGGAGGAAAUCGACUGGUUCUGACUCCUUGACCCCGCAGCGACCUCCAAGCCGAGCCAUGAAGAGAUCAGCCCAGAGGGAGUUGGAAGAGGAGGAUGAGGAGGAGGAGGAAGCGGAGCAGGCUGGAUCUCUGCGCUGCCUGGCCCUGUGGCUGGUCAUGGAGUACUGUGAUGGAGGAGAUCUGAACCAGUACCUGCUCUCUAGACCCCCGGACGCCGACCGCAACCACAGCGUGGUGCUGCAGCUCUGCAGCGCCGUGGCCUUCCUGCACGCCUUGGGCAUCACCCACCGAGACCUGAAGCCGGACAACGUCCUGGUCUGCGUGACGCCCAAAGGCCCCAUUAUCAAGGUGGCGGAUUUCGGCCUGAGCAAGAUGAGCGGCGGCGUGGCGAACGGCGAGCGGUGCCGGCAGCACUUCUCGUCCACGUGCGGCUCCGACUUCUACAUGGCCCCCGAGGUGUGGGGCGGGCUGAGCUACACGGCGCAGGCGGACAUCUUCUCCCUGGGUGUGAUGUUCUGGGCCGUCCUGGAGAGGAUCACCUUCGUGGAGGAGGGGACGACGCAGGAGCAGCUGGGUGCCUACGUGUGUAAGGGCCGGUGGCUGAUGCCCCUGGGCGAGGCUCUGUCAGAGAACGCAGACCUCCAGCUGUGCAUCCCUAUGAAGUUUAAGAGGGCGCCGCCGCUGCCGCCCCCGCCCGGCCCAGCCAUGUGUGCCCUGCUUUUGGACAUGCUGGCCUUGAACCCGGACGCUCGGCCCUCUGCGGACCAACUGGAGGUCAGGGUGCGCUCGGCUUUGAGAGACGACUCCCACUGACGGACCCCAGAGACGGGAACGGCUCUAGGAACCAAAUGUGACGCGUUCCGACAGCAGCUGUUCCUCUGCUGCCCGAACCAGAACGUUCGAAGGCUACGCAAAGGGAACGUGAUGCUAAAACACUCAGUGGUAUGUUGGUCCUGUGCUUCAUUUAAGGUCUUAAUGAGUUUUGAUGUUGGGUGAUGAUUACACAAAUGCUUCACCUAUUUAAAAAAAAAAAAAAAAAAAAAAAGCAGAAAUUUUUGAAAAAAGUUUUUUCUGUCAUAGUUGCAUUGCACUUCAAUGUAGCAUUCCUUGCUAAAUAUGCUAAUGAAAUUUGUAUUUUUAACUUGUAAAAGGAUAUAUAUGUAAAUAAGAUGGGCAUGUUUCUCUGAUAAUUUUCUUUAGUUUUAAAAGUUAAGAAAAUUUAGAGACUAAAGAAGCACAGAUGUCCACAACUUUUUAAAUAAAACAAAAACAAAAAAACCAAACAACUUUCCUCCCUCAGUGCCUCUGUUGAACCAGAAGUGCAACACUACUAUGAAUAAAUUUGUAAUUAAAUAAAUACAUAUUUGUGCUACAAUUUAGAAUAAAACAAUUCAGACCUACUUUGAAGCAGAUUCUGAAUCGUUUAACCUCUAAAGUAUUCCUGGGUGGUGAUGUCUGAUUUACCUAAACUUACUGUUACUAUGAAACCUGCACUAAAAACCAAAGUGAGUCAUUAAUAACUAGACUACGUCCCUGCAGCAGUUUGCCUGUUGCUGGACGACUCGGUUUCAGAGCGAUGUCGCCCAUCGCUCUGAUGUCGCCCAUCGCUCUGAUGUCGCCCAUCGCUCUGAUGUCGCCCAUCGCUCUGAUGUCGCCCAUCGCUCUGAUGUCGCCCAUCAGCUCAGCAGCUGAACUGCAGAACAAUCAGUUGGUAGCUUCAUUUAAAAAAAAAAGAUCAAAAUAAGUUUGACAUAUUUAAGAUAAUUCAUCUGAUUAACUUAGUCACCAUGUAAUUUAAAUAGUCACAUAUAAUAUACUUAAAAAUAUACCAGAUUGUGGCACUGAUGGUCUUCUGUAGGCAGGCGAAAUGCUUACAUUUUGUAACUUUUUCUCCCAUAUUUAAAAAAAAAAAAACAGGCAUCACAUUCUGAACCAUUUCUGCUGUCUUAAGAGAUUUGAAGUAAUUUUAAUAAAAAUAAAUAAAUUAAAAAAAUUGAAGCUCUUGAUGAUUUUUGUUUUGUUAUACAAAGUUCAAUUGUCUUACUCCAAGGCCUGACUGGUGGCGCCCCUAUUUAAUACAAAAAUAAUAAUUUUAAGGUGUUUUCAGAGUAAAUGGCCAGAUACAUGUUGAAGCGUUUUGCCUUUUAAAAUAUUGCUUGAAUGUUUUUACCUUGUUUGUGUGAUAAGGAUUUUUAAAAACCGUCUCCUUCUAGUACAGUGUGAGCAUUAUUGUGUAUGUGAUUAAAAAGUCAAAGAGCAAGUAGCACGAGGCUCCGUGAUGUCACUGAUAAAACUGUCCUGCUGCAAACAGGAAAUUAAAACCCGGGUUUAGGAUUGGUCCUGAUCCGAUCGGCCUGACACCCACAGCGCUUAUUACGGGUCAUCAGUCUCAGUCCUUCAAUGUAAACCUUUACUUUCUUUCUUCAAAAGCCUGAAAUGACUUGUGUUUUUUAA